GUGUUGUCGUACGUAUGUAUAUACUUUGACAACGGAUGGUAUUGGGAAAUUAUAAACAGUUUGGUGUCAAUUUGGUAUCAGGCGUGAAUAUAUCUUUUUAUAUAUAUUUUCUAUAUAUUUCAACUCAUUCUCAACCCUCGUGUCAAUCAUCUUUGGUCUCUGUUGAUUCGGCACCAGCUCCGGAAACUUAUCGUAAAUUACACCUUGUAUCAAGCUACAUUGUAUUCCCAGCGAUUUGAUUUUUAUUCUGGUGCAAAACAAAUUAUAUGAACUUCGAGUACUGGUCAAUUCGCGAGUCAAAUAGUUCCGACAUGUCAUUUUACCUCUCCGAUCUUAGUAACUCUAUAUUCCAUUAUUACAAUAACAUCAAAAUGACUAUGUUUUAUCAAGGUAACAUGCCUCGGAGUUAGAAUAGUGCUUAACGGCUCCCAAAUGAUGGUCCGUGGACUAUUGCGGUUCAGCAGCAACAUGGCAGGCAAUCCGCUAAAAAAAGAAAUUUGCUCUAAUUAGAGGAAAUUGCUUUUCAACAAAAUCAUCCAAAAUAAAAAUUUCUGGAGAUUUUCGUUUCAUUUCUUGUGGAACCUUAGUGACGAAAAAACUCUGCUUUCGUCCAGACUGUAGAGUUUUGCAUGGUCUGGAAGUGAACAAAAGUUUUUUAAUUCUAUUGACCUGCAAAGGAUAAAUCGGUUAUAAAUGCUGGACAAUUUCAGAUAUAUUUUAAUAUAGUAAUGCCGUAGUAAAUCAGGCUUACAAGUUCGAUAUCACAAAUAUUCUUAAAUCGCUUAACUUUUUCUUCAAAAAGUGGAAUUGUUUGCGAAGUUGGCAGUUGAGAGAUGAGUUUCUUUUGUUCGUUAUGAGAUCUUAUAAGGUCCGUAGAAUACUGUAGGCUAAUAUUCCGUUAUAUUAAGGAAAUUCCAGUUUACAAGCAAAUAUUUUAAUGAGAAUAUGUGAAUGUACUGCUCCUCGUAAAGGAAACACAAGACUCGAAAAAGCUCUAACAAAGUAAAUAGCAACUAGAUGAUAUAAGAACUAGAAAAGUUAGCAAUAUCAGCAAAUUAAAGAUUCUGUUAACAUAAAGGCAAACUAUCAGGAACAAAGUCUGGACGGGCGAAAUAUUACUCAAGAAAGGCGAACGGUAUUGAUUCGCAUUUCUAGUCCUAUUGAAGAAAAGUUCAAGGAAAAGAAAGGUCAGAUCUUUCACAAUUGUCUCUCAAUCAAAUGGUUCAAAUCAGAGAAGAACCAGAAAGAUAGUGGGCCAAAGCUUUAAGCAAAAUUAUAUAUCAUCAAACUGCUCUUACCAGAUUGAGGUUCUAUACAAAACUCAGAAAUUCUCUAGAAAAGCUUUUUACUAGCUUUACUUAUAUCGCAUGAUUUAACUCCUUUAAGCCCCGCUCUUUUUACUAUACAAACUAAAAGCGGGAGAAAUAAAAACACAAAAACCGAAAAGAAAGAAGACCUGACUGAUAAAAUUAUAAAAACGAUAUUGGUGAGUGUAUUUUUGUUUUCAGACAAUUUGAGUGUGUGUCACUCAAGUCAGCAGCGGUAUUAAUAAAGCGUUUGGUUUUUGGUGUGCGUUUUUUUUUUUUUUUGUACUAGUUGUUGUUAUUGUCUUUCUUUCUUUGGGGUUUUGUUGUGCUUUUGUUUUGUUUUUAAGUUGGGUUUUCAAAACGUAUACCCUCUGCACACUAUAGUGGGCUAAAUGGCUGUGGCUGGUUGACGGGAUGGUUGGUUGUUUGCUUGUUUGGCUGUCUAACUGAAUGAAGAGCAUUAAGCGUUUUUAGUCAACAUAUGGACACUCACUCUUAAAGCGUUUAGCAACGUUACCGGUGUUAUUAACGGACUUGGAUUUUUUUAAACCCGCUUAAACAAAAAAAUAAUAACGAUAUCGUGGUUUCAAAUUUUUUUUAAAAAAGCAAGAAACGUUAUGGCAAAAAAAUAAUCAAAAGAAAAGUUUUAAUAUUGAAAUAAGUUAAAGAAAAACGUGUGAUUAAAAAAGUUUUUUUAAAAAAGAAAUUUUGAUAAAAAUUUUAAAUUUUAUAAAAGAAGUGAUAUAUUGUUUUUUAAGAAUUAUAUUCAAAUAGAUAAAAAAAUAAUGAUCUCAUUUAACAUUAGAAAUAUUUUAAACAAUCUGUAGCAAAAUUUUAUAUAGAAAAAAAUACAUUAAUCACGAAGCAUUUGACAAAAAUAAAAGUGUUUAGAAUUCUAAGAGAAUCGUUAAGAAAUAUACUAAAUAAAAUUAAAAUUCAAAACUUGCUUGAGAGUCGUGUAGAAAAGUAGACACCUUUAAAUAAAACCCGAAUAAAUGUUCUACUUAAAUUGAUUUUUUAAAUAUUGUUUCAACAAAAAAAAUUUUUAACAAAACCAAGGUUAAACUUUUGCAUAAAAGUUUUAAAAAAUCUGUGCAUAUAAUUAAACUUGAACCAGAAAUUUAGAAAUUUUUUUAAACAAAAAGAGUUCAACAAAUAAGUUCUUAAAAAGUGUUAAAGUUCGUUAAAGCUUAAAGCUUGUUAACAAAAAAUUAACUUACAAUUGAGACAAACAAAAAAAGUAAUAAGAAUCUGUAAUUGAACGUGUCUUUUAUUUAUGAAUGAAUUUUCCAUGUUGCAGUAUACGAAAUUUAUUUCCGUGUAAUUUAGUUUUUUUCUGGUUUAAAUUAAAUGAAUGAAUGUGCGUGAUUUAUCAAUGAGAAUGGAUUAUCAAUUGCCACCGCAAACUUUACAGUUGGCCAGCAAUGCAGUGGUGGGCAGCUUAAUGAACAGCAGCAAUAAUGCGCUAACACAACAGCAGCUUAAUCAACAACAAAAUGCUCAAUUACAGCUGCUGCAACUUAAUCAUCAUCAGCAACAACAACAGCAGCAGCAACAACAACAACAGCAACUUGUGAAUAAUCAACAGCAACAACAGUUGCUAAAUCAUAUGACUGCUGGGCAACAAACCUUGCCCUCUUUAAGUAGUCUACCCCUGCAAGUUGUUAAUCAAUUGCCACAUUUAUUGGCCAAUAAUGCUGUAACACUAAACAGCAGCAGCAAUAAUAACAACAACAACAAUAAUGCAAAUAUUAAUAAUUUAAAUAUACUCAAUAAUAAUUUAAACAACACAUCCUCCGCACUCAACAAUAACAACAACAACAACUCAAACAACAAUAAUAAUUCAGCGCUUAAUACAAAUCUCAACUCCAAUACCCCCAACAACAACAACAAUAAUAGUACGAGCAAUAAUGUUUUACUACGUAAUACCAUGCAACAUGUGGCAAAUGCCAAUCAACAAUUGCAACAAACAAUUAAUAAUUUAAGUAAUAAUUUGGUUUCCUCUCUACCACCCAGUAGUCAAUUGUUGCAACAUCAUUUACAACAUUUAGCCAAUGUACAACUCAACAACAACAACAGCAAUAAUAACAGCAACAGUUCUUCCCCCAGCAAUAAUAAUACUGCCAACAACAAUAACAAUAAUCUUUUGCUGAAUAACAACAACAACAAUCCCUCCACACCAAAUAAUAAUCUUGCCACACAUUUAAGUGACAAUGUAGUGGCUCACAAUAUUGUCAAUGGUCUGGUGGGUGUCUUAAAUAAUGUCAACAACAAUGUUGGCAACAACAACAGCAACAAUGGCAGCAAUAAUACGAAUUUAACUAAUAAUGCUUUAAAUAAUACGGUGAAUCAAAAUUCUGCGGCAAAUAGUAUAGAAGACAACAAUCGCUGGACUCAAUUUCAAGUGCAACAAUUGUGGAAACAACAUGCUUCUUAUUUGAAUGGUAUGAUUAGAAUAGUAAUGAAGGGGAAGGGGUUUUUAAAAUGAAAUCAAUAAAUUUGUUAAUCACCAACUGCAGUCCAAAAACAGGGUGCAACAUAGAAAUCACUUGCAAAGAAGUGAAGUUGAAGGGUGAAUUUUAAAUUUCGAAGGUUUUCCUAUAUUGGAAGAUCUCUGAAUUAUUAUGGGCUCUACUAAUAAGUAAAUUAAAAGUCAUGCUUUUAAUACAAUAUCUAUAUUGACCACGUUAAAGGGUCACGUCGUUUUUGUCAAAUAUUUGCUGAUUAGGAUUAAGAUUAUGAUGUUUGCCUCCAGUAGGUUAGUUAGCCUGUUUACUAGCUUAUUAGUCCGGAGGUCGUGAGUUCGAUUCCCACCAGAGGCUCUGGUAAAAGUGCAAAGAUAGUGGCAAAGGUGUGUUUCUUUGGAUAUGAUUAAGAUUAAGAAAAAUGUCUUCAGAAGGAAUGGAAACAAUGACUUCCCAGAAGCACUUCUUUGGAAGUAGUAAAUAUGCGAUUAGCUUAGAAGUUCUAGAAGUUCAAUAUGAUUGACUUCAGUUUAUGAACUUCAGAUUUGAUAAGAAUUACUUAUACAGGAAAUCCAUUUACAUAAAUUGUCUUCAUAAGAUGUAAUGAAAAAUCACUUCUUUGGAAGUGAUGAACAUGCAGUUCACAUGCAAAAUACUUUAAUAUAAUUGGGUUUAGUUUUAAAGUUGGAACUGUGUUAAGAACUGUUCCUCUUUAUCAGUUGAAUAUUCUUUUAUACAUAUUCUAUUGUAUGUAAUGAAAAAUCGCUUCUAUGGAAGUGAUUUUCAUUUUAUUGAAACUUCUAAAAGGUUCAUAGAAUUUUGCUGCAGUUUUUACUUCCAUGCUGGGUAUACUGUUCAGGUUCUUCAAAGCUUGCAUUUCUUUGAAAUCUACUAGAGUUGCCUUACAUCUUUGGGUUACGAUAGUGUCUUCGUGAUUUACGAUCCGGCUUUAUUUUUGUCUAAUAAUUAAUUUAGAGAAUGGUUAUAGGUACCUAGGUAAUCCGAUGAGAUAAAUCCCUAAUAUCUCGUCUGUUUACUAUAACUUUUAGGCUAAGACGAGCCGGGGAAUAUAACCAAAUGAGAUAAAUACUUUGUCUCUAGAUCUUUUAGUGGUUAAUUAGGGGAAAUUAUGACAACGGAAGUAAUCCGAUGAGAUAUAUUUUACAGCUCUCAAUCGGCGAACUGAGAAUAGCUAGGAAGUAAAAUACGACGAUGUAAAUACAUCGGUUCUCUGUCGGCUAAUGACUAAUUAUAUAAAAAUACGACUAGGUAUGCAAUCUGAUAAAAUAAAUUCUUCAGUUCUCGUCGGUAAUCUAUGACUGCCUAAGACUAGCUAAUGAAUACAAUCCGCUAUAAAUAGGCUUCUGCUCUUGGUGGACUAUGUUAGGUAUUGAUAGGUUGACAAUACAGCAUUUCUUGGUUCUUAAGUUGACCCCUUUGUAAAAGAAGACAAUAAUAAUAUCUCCUCAGUUUACUAUGACUUAAGACGAGUCAGGGAAUAUAAUAUAGCGUGAUAAAUACUUUGGUUCUCGAUCUUAUAGUGGUUAAUUUGGGGGGAAAUUAUGACUACGAAAGUAAUCCGAUGAGAUAUAUUUUUCAGCUCUCAAUCGGCGAACUAUGACUGA